UUAAUGUUUGUCGGCGCAGGUCUUUUACUGUCAUUCGUUUUGUUAACCCCUGUUAAAUGCCGCAGCAGACCAGUGUUGUUUUUCUUUUAUUUUUUGUACCAGACGUGUGUGCUAUUUUUACACUCGCUUUAAAUAUUAUUAAAUUAAAUAAACUGUUGUAAAAAUAUUUAAAUAAUAUAAAACAAAAUGACCACCUUAAGACCCUUUACUUGUGAUGAUUUAUUUAAGUUUAAUAAUGUCAACUUUGACCCGCUAACAGAAACAUAUGGUCUGUCAUUUUACACACAAUACUUGGCCAGGUGGCCAGAGUUUUUUCAAUUGGCUGAAUCUCCUAGUGGCCAAAUUAUGGGUUAUAUUAUGGGCAAGGUAGAGGGUCAUAUGGAAAACUGGCAUGGUCAUGUUACCGCUUUGACGGUAUCGCCCGAUUAUAGACGUUUGGGUUUGGCGGCUUUAUUGAUGCAAUUCUUGGAAGACAUAUCAGAAAAAAAACGUUCUUAUUUCGUUGAUUUAUUUGUGCGUAAAAGUAAUCAAAUUGCUAUAAACAUGUAUAAAAAUCUAGGCUAUAUAAUAUAUCGUACGAUAUUGGAUUAUUAUUCGGGUGAUCAAGAUGAGGAUGCCUAUGAUAUGCGCAAAGCUUUAUCGAGAGAUGUGGAAAAAAAGUCUAUAAUACCCUAUACACAGCCAGUACGCCCGGAAGAUUUAGAUAUGCAUUGAUAUUGAAUGUCUUUUGUUUUUCUCUUAUCUUAAUUUUGAGUUUAAUACUUUUUGCAAGCAAAACACAUUUAAUUUCUUAAUAUUAUUCAUUGCCUGCUGUCUUUAAAAUACAAAAAAAACAAAAACGUUUAAAAUAUUUAAAUAAAAACCAAAACAAAAUCCCCAUUUUAAUAUCGGCAAUAAAAUACGAAAUUGUAACUAACUCUUUAACUAAGUUUUAAUACUAUAAAAUUUUUAAAACAAAAGGAAAUUAAUAGUUAAA